AUUAACCAAAAUUAGGGUUUAUUAUCAAUAUAAAUUAAGGGUUUUGUUGAACACAAACAAACAAAAAACUGCAGUAAGAGUGUGUGCAUGCACUAAUAACACAGUGAAUCUUCACUCCCAAUCUCAUAUCUCCUCAAAUCCUGCUUGCAUUGUCCCAAUUUUCCAAAUCUCUUUUUCUUUUCACUAUCAAAUUUCUCUUUAACCCAAAUUCAACAAAAACACAGAAAAAACAACGUUUUUUUUUUCUUCUUUCAAUUAUCUUCUUCCUUGAAUCUCAAGCUCAAAACUCAUUAUUUGUUGAAAAUCUCAAGAUUUUGCCACCAACCCAUUUCAGAAAAUCAACUAGUUUCUUCAAAGAUCUGGUUUUUAUUCUUCCCGAAGUGAAUUUUCUGCAAAUUUUUCUCUUCCCAUUGUUGGUGUUUGCAGAGAGGUACACAGCACAAUGUUGAACAAUUCAUGGCUGUUUUUGCUGUGUAAGCUAUAAAGUUUCAAUCUUUUCUCUCACUGUUGCAUUCUAGCUUCUGUAGUUGUGUCUCUUAGUUAUAAAUUCUCAUUGGGUUGUAUUUAAUUUUGGUUUUUAACAAUUUUAACAUAUGAGAUCUUGAUGAGGGUUGUAACAAUUUUCCUUGCAAUUCUUACAUUGCCAUUGUUUCUUUCACUGCCAUUUUCAUCAAUUGCUCAGAUUCCAUUUGAUAAUGGUAUUUCAUCAAAAGCCCUUGAUUCUGUUCUUCAAAAUUAUGCCUUUAAGGCACUUGUUAAGCCUAAAACCGGUGUACCUUAUGAUGCUAAAUUGCCUAAUAGUAUAAUAGGUGUUAAAGUUUCAACAUUGAGGCUUAGAAGUGGUAGUUUAAGAACAAGAGGUGUUCAAUACAAAGAGUUUCAGAUCCCACCUGGUGUUGUUGAACAGCCUUAUGUGGAAAGGCUUGUUUUGGUUUACCAUAAUUUAGGAAAUUUGUCUGAACAUUUUUACCCUUUACCUGGUUAUACAUAUUUAGCUCCUGUUUUGGGUCUAUUGUCGUAUAGUGGUGUUGAUUUGUUUGCUAAUGAGUUACCUGAAUUGGAUGUAAGAGCUUCUGAUAAACCAAUUUUGGUUAAGUUCCUUAAAGUGAAAUCAGCACCAUAUGGUUCAGUACCUAAAUGUGUGUAUUUUGAUCUACAUGGUUCAGUGCAAUUUGAUAUUUUACUACCUGAUAAUGUGUGUUCCACAAUGGAACAAGGGCACUUCUCGAUUGUUGUCGAGUCUAAUGCACCGACUCCAGCGCCUGCUGCUGUUGCUGCUGCUGUUGGUAAAGGUGGGAGGAGAAAGUCUAACGUUUGGAUAAUUGUUGGAUCUGUGGUUGGUGGAUGCAUAUUGUUGAUUAUGUUGAGUUUAUUGGUUGUUAGAUUGGUAAGGAUUAAAAAAGGGAUGAAGAUACAGGAAUUGGAAUGGACAGCUGAUAGCCAUGAAACUUUGCAGAUGAAAUCUAUUGGGGGAACCAAAGCACCAUUAGCAAUUGGGACUAGAACAAGACCAACAAUAGAAAAUGAUUACAUUCCUUAGAUUUUGAAAGGGUUCUUGUUGAAUGAACUAAUUUUUUUCUUGCCUGUGUGACAUUAUCAUUUUUGUGUUUAUAAUGAAUGUACUAAAAUGCUUCCUUAGAAGUAUUUCUAGGAAUUUAGUUUGUUUGGUUUCAAUUUCUGUGAUUUAUCUGAACAGUGAACAGCAUAGGAUCUGCUGAUAUCAUGUAACCAACAAAAAGAAUUUUAUGUAACAUUUAUCUCUGAUCUGUUAUGUCUACAUGAUUCUAUGACUCUUA